UAUUCUUUCCGUUGUUUGGGUUGAACUGCGACUGCUCGGUUGUUCAUGGAUGACGGCGUCUAAUAGUGGCUUUGCAAUCUAUUGCUUCACUUUCUUUUUGUCUACUUGUUUUUAUCCUAUUUGCUGUAAAUAACGAUUUGCUUUACGACUGCUUUUUGGUGUUUCGAGACUUGCUAGCUAGUAGCAAGCAAUGAAUCAGUUUGACCAUUUGAAAGAUGAUGACACCGGAGACAAUGAAGACCUGGCAGCCACCCGUGAAGGGAAGAUGGACAGCAGUGGUGUCAACAAUCACAAUAACAACGUACGACGAAAGGCCAUUUCUCCAGGGGCAGGUGAACACCCUCUCCAGUACAACUACACGUUUUGGUACUUCCGCCGAACACCCAGCCGUCCUGCCAACACCCAGAGCUAUGAGCAGAACAUCCGCCAGAUAGGCACGGUGGCCUCGGUGGAGCAGUUCUGGAAGCUCUACAGUCACCUGGUGCGGCCGGGAGACCUGAUUGGCCACAGUGACUUCCACAUCUUCAAGGAGGGCAUCAAGCCCAUGUGGGAGGAUGAAGCAAACAAGAACGGAGGGAAGUGGAUCAUUCGCCUGCGGAAGGGGCUGGCCUCACGGUUCUGGGAGAACAUCAUUCUGGCCAUGCUGGGGGAGCAGUUUAUGGUGGGAGAGGAGAUCUGCGGUGUGGUGGUGUCUAUCCGCUUCCAGGAGGAUAUCCUGUCAAUCUGGAACAAGACUGCCAACGACCAAGUGACUACUUCUCGUAUCAGAGACACACUGCGCCGAGUCCUCAAUUUGCCCCCCAACACCAUAAUGGAGUACAAAACCCACAACGAUAGCCUCAAGGACAAUUCCAGUUUUCGCAACACGAAGAUCGCAUUGUGAUGGACCUGAAAGGGACAAAGGGGGCCGGUGACAUGCAUAUAGCCCUGUAUCUCUUGCUACUAAUGGACCUCGUCUUGGACAACUGUGGAAAAUGUGUGGGGUGUGAGAGAGAGAGAGAGCCAGGGUGUGAGCGAGAGCAAAAGAGGGCGACUGGGCGAGCAGAAGGCGUGUGUGUGCGCAUGUGUGCGUGUGUGUUUCUGCACAUGUAUGUGUGUGUUCUGCUCUCAGGGUACCUAAAACUUGUAUUUCCUCUUACAGGCUGUGUAUCUGUGAGUAGGCAGGGAGUCAUAUUGCUUGAAUUUCUGGUUUUAAUUUUUGUGAUAUGUCUUAUCACCUGUGUGUAGGCAUUUAUUUGUCCCCAGUGGUACCUAUGAAAGUUUGUAUAUGUUUUUGUUAGUUUUUUCAGUGUAGACUGGUGAUCAUUCGCAUAUAUUCAGAGGUUUAGCACAGAAAAAUGUUUUUUUAAAAGAGAGCAUUAUUGCUUAGAUAUUGUAGAGAUGAAUGGAGCAACAUAGGAGCAGGUACUGCUCACCCUCCCUUCAGUCAACUGGGAUUUGUAGCAUUUUCCGCUGGCUGAUACCUUAGGCUUAUUUUGACAGGAAAUUCCACAUGUUGAAGUGCUCAAUAAUGUUUUAAAGAAGGUUGACAGUAUGUCUACAACUGCACAUAACAGGUAAUUGAAGGUUAUAUAAUGCUAAGAAUGCAGUUAAUGCAAACAAAAAUCUCACAAUUUUUAGUAAAAUUAUGUUUUGUCAGAAACAACGCGUUGUAUCUGGUGUUACUUGUACUGAGCUCAAGUUGACUGGGAGCUGCCAUUCCUUUCAAGUGAAGAAACGGGGUACGUACAUGUACUAGACUUACCAUCAAAACAUGAUCAAUAAGGGGUAGCUGAUCCUGUUAAGUCAUUGUUCUGCUGCAUGGAUGGGACCCCGUGUGGUGAUUGGUUUUACUGUCACCCUGGGAUUGGAGGGUUUCAGUCGGCCAGAAUGACAGCACCUCAUGGUAAUGUCGAAGCAGGUGAUGUCAGCCACACUUCCUGCCACACCAAUGCCUACACACUUGUUUGUGAGGGGGGCGCAUGCUUGACUGGGACCCCCCGAAUUGAUAGGAGAUUGAGCAUUGCAGUGUGCGCAUUAUUGAAUGUUACAAACUAGGGAGAUAAAUAGUAAAGAAGUAAAAUGAUUAAAUGAUUGAACAGAAUAAAGUAAACAAAGGAGUUAU